AUGGCUUCAUCAAAUAGACACUGGCCUAGUAUGUUUAAGUCCAAGGCCUGCAACACUCAACACCAAUGGCAGCAUGACAUUAACCCUACUUCUCUCACGUCAAGUGGUUGCCACGGAACCCCUCACACAUCAGUGCCUGGAGAAUGUGAAGAGAGAAGUCCUGAGCCAAAGCCAAGAUGGAACCCAAAACCAGAGCAAAUACGCAUACUCGAAGCUAUCUUCAACUCAGGCAUGGUGAAUCCACCAAGGGAAGAGAUAAAGAAGAUCAGAGCCCAAUUACAAGUGUUCGGCCAAGUCGGCGAUGCCAACGUCUUCUACUGGUUCCAGAACAGAAAAUCAAGAAGCAAAAACAAGCAACGCCAAUUCCAAACCACCAAAUCUCAGCCCCAACCAACCCCUCCCAUCACCUCCAACAUGUCUGUCCCGUCGUGCUCAUCGGAUAAAUCUUCUCUAAAAACCACCCAUAAGGCCUUCUUAAAUAUUGGGUCUCCAAAUGUGGGGGAAGUGCCCAAAUCUCGUAGCCAGAGCUACUUUCAGACCCAUUCCGAGGUCUUUCCGGAACCCUUCUUUUCUUCUACUGCCGGAGGAUCAGCUACAAGCGGUGUUUUCACAGAAGGGUACUUUUGCUUCCCGGAGCUGUCAAGUGUGGUUGAUCAUGUUCCUGAUCAUGAUCAGACGGUUGGGAAUUGCUCUGGGCUUUUACUGAGUGAAUUGAUGAUGAGCCAUGGAGACACUGCAAAGAAGGUUGAAUAUGAUGAGAAGAUGAAGCUACACGAACAGCUGAGUUUAUACACUGCAACUACUACAGCUUCAACUAUUACUCAUACCAGUGUUCCAUCUACCAUCAAUCACAGUCAAGGUGCUGGAGAAUCGGGCACAGUGGGUCCGCUUAAUCCGGCGAAAUCAACGGUCUUCAUUAAUGAUGUGGCGUUCGAGGUGUCUGUGGGUCCCUUCAACGUGAGAGAGGCCUUCGGUGAUGACGCUGUGCUCCUCCACUACUCCGGUCAGCCUGUUCUCACCAACCAGUGGGGUGUCACCCUCCACUCGCUCCAGCACGGCGCAUUUUACUACCUGAUGCAAACGUUAGCUCCAUCACCACAUGAUGGUAACACCAGGAUCUGCUGUGCUUCACUAGGAUUGUCUUCAUUAAUUUCAUCUAUCUUUAGGCCUUUUAUUUCUCCUAAUGACUCUGUCACAGCGGAAUUUGAUGGAAGGCUUCAACUCAUAAAAGCUGUCCUUAUUUCUACCCAAAUUUAUUGGUCCAGCAUCUUCAUCCUCCCAAAGGUUGUCCUCAAUGAGCUAAACAAAAUCAUAAGGGCAUUUCUUUGGUCUGGACCUGAGAUGAAGACCACAAGAGCUAAGGUAAAUUGGGGUAAAGCCUGCAGGCCAAAGGAAAUGGGUGGUUUGGAUAUUCCUAAUCUGGAGAUCUCUAACAAAGCUGGGAUUCUGAGAUUAAUUUGGGACCUUCACAAUGAUGACGGCAACAGGAUUUGGAUUAGGUGGUGCAAAGCUCAUCUUAUCAAGUCAAAGAAUUUCUGGACUCUCAAAAUUCCUCAACCAUGCUCAUGGAGCUGGAGGAAGAUCCUUCAGCUGAGAGUUAGUGCAAGGCAAAUAAUGAAACACAAAAUUGAUGGAGGGUUCAACACUGACAUCAAAGUGGACAAUUUCAUUUUCAACUCAGAUUGGUCUUUUCCACUCUGCAUGGUAUCUGCAAUCCCUGAACUCCUCUCUAUGUCAUCACCAAAUUCAUCAAGGAAGGAUAAAAUUGUUUGGACAGCUUCACCUUCAGGGACUUACAACCUCAAAUCUACGUCAGCUUAUUUAAUGGGUCAUCAUCCAAGUGUUCUAUGGCACAAUCUCGUGUGGGAUAAUCCAGUGAUCCCUCGCAUGAAGUUCAACUUAUGGCUCGCAGUUCAGUCCAAGCUUCCUACUUUGGAUAGCAAAUCAAUGGCUCAACAUGAGAACAUCUGUGUCCUCUGUGGUACCCAGCCAGAAACUCAUGACCAUUUGUUCUUCAACAAUCAAUGGAAGAAGAAAUCUGCUUAUAAUUUGCUUCGCAAAAUUUGUCUCUCCUCAAUUGUCUACCAUACAUGGGAGGAGCGCAAUGAGAGAAUUUUCGAAAGGAAGAAAACAUCGCAAAUAUCAGUUCUCGUUCGCAUCUGCCACACAAUCAACUCCAUUCUAAAAUUGGGUUGUUUGCAGAAAUUUCAUGCAGCAAAUAGGAUCCAAUGCGAAUGGGAUCUUUCGCAUUCCUCAGGUCAUCCCCCUCCGAGACCUCCGGAUUGA